AAUUUUUUUUAAUCAGAAAUUAAAUAGACUGCUUAUAUAAGGAAGUCAUCCUGGAGAAUUUUAUAAUGAACUAUAUUAUAUUUUGUUAUUUUUAAAACAAUUUGCAGCAAUUUGUAGUCUUUUCAUCAUUGAUAUUGUCUCUGGUAACAUUAUUUAUAAAAUCAUUAGUGUUAAUAUUAUAUUUAACAUCAACUAAAAUACCCUAAAAUCUUGGCUAUAGGCUGCUCUCAUGUAUAAGCUGCAAAAGGGAAAAUUAUGAAAGAAUGCUGACUUUUUCAUAUAUAAGCCACAGCCUACAACCAAUACAACCAAGAAUUGCUCAUAUGACUCCAGAAUAAAAACCAAUACAAAAGGAACAGUAUCAACAAUUAACAUUAUAUUGUUAGAAAGUAGACAAAAUUCCAGGGCUGUGGAGUUAUGUAAAAAUCUACCGACUCCCAACUUUCAUCUGACUCCAACUCUGAUCAGAGGUAGACUUAUUAACAAAAUAGGCACAGGAAUUCUGAUGUCACCAUGUGAGCUCAGAAUAAACGCUUCAAUAAAUAGCUUUAAUAAAGAUAGAAUGUAGAAAUUUUUUAUUCUAAAGCCAAAAGACUCCUAUAAGUAAUGACAUAUUCAAUAUAUAAAUAUGUAUUUAAUAAUUUUUACUUUUCUGGCUGUUAUAUAUAACAGAGAGAAAGUGUAGCAAUUGGUUAAAAAUGACCCCCUUCCCAAAUUUUUACAUUUUUGGACUCAGGACUCCUUGAAAUGUCAAGAUAUGCAAAAGAUUCUGGGUUUUUUCUGUAUGUGUGGACAAUUGUACACCUAUACAACGAAUGUCUGAGGACAGGAUUCUUUCCAGUUGCAUGGAAAAAAGCAAAUAUCAAAUUGAUUCCAAAAACACAGAAUGCCAGCAAACCUGAAGACUUCCGCCCAAUUAGCCUUCUCCCAGUCUUGGGGAAGAUGCUGGACAGGUUUAUCAUUAAAAGAAUUAAUUGGCACCUAAAUACGACCAAGAAAAGCAUCUACAAACAAUACGGGUUUAAACCUGGGACUUCAACAAUUCAUGCAAUCUUAAAAGUUACAGACUUUAUACAUAAAUCAUGGGAACAAGGUUGACAAAUCAUGCUCAUUAGGAUUGAUUUCAGAAAGGCUUUUGAUAAUUUAUGGUGGACGAGUGUAAUAAACCGGCUAAUAAAAACAAAAUGUCCAAGCAACAUAACAAACCUAAUGAAAAAUUAUUUAUCUAAAAGAACGGCAGGCUUUUAUACCAACAACAUCAAAGUGGAAGUAGAAGUAACAAGAGGGUGCCCGCAAGGGUCCAGAUGUGGACCAGGUGUUUGGAAUUUGGUCUUGGACGAACUCCUAGAGCAACAAGAGGACACGGAGGAAUUAAGAAUACAGGCAUACGCAGACGACACUCUGAUUAUGGUCGCACACAAAAAUUGCGAUCGGGUGGCAGAAAUUGCAAAUAACACACUGACUAAAAUUUGGACAUGGAGCAACAAACACAGAUUACCAAUAAACUACGAGAAAUGCGAGGCUAUCGUAAUAACCAGAAAGAAUAAAAGAAGUCAAUUGAAAAGAGCAAUUGGAGUGAAAAUACAUGGGAAAGGGAUAAAGAAUGUGCAACAAAUGAAAUACCUGGGCAUCGUGUUCAAUAGGACCCUAAAUUGGCAGCAUCACAUCAACUAUGUCUGCAACAAAGCCACAGAAAGAUCCAACCAGCUAAGCAGCAUAACUAGGAAUACUUGGGGUCUUCACCCGAAGCAUACCAAAACAAUUUACUUACAGGCUAUAGAACCUGCAGUGCUCUAUGGAGUUCAGAUCUGGAAUGCAGCUCUAGAUAGAGUUCACGUAAAAAGAAAGCUAUUAUCAAUUCAGAGGAAAUCAGCGAUUAGGAUUUGUAGAGCAUAUCGAACAUCGCCAACAGAUGCCCUAUUAGUCAUUUCAAACCUUACGCCUAUACAUCUAAAAGGAAAACAGAUAACCUGGGAGUGGACGCUUUUUAAUAAGAAUUUCGCUGAUAUAUCGGAGUCUGAUAUAGAACAACUACAGAAAAGGGGCAACCUGCCACCAGACAAUACAAAGGACAUCUCUCGUUUCAUUCAAAGUAUAGACCAUAAAUUAAAAAACAAGGAUUUACAGAUCGACCCCAGGAUGAGGUGCCCAUACAAAGUCCUGUUGGAAUACGAUAAUACCACAAAUCAAGAAAACGAGCAGCUAAUAACAAUAUACACAGACGGAUCAAAGGACAACCAGGGAGUAGGAUCUGGACUCAUAAUCAAAAAAGGAAAUAAGACAAUGUAUCAGGCAGCUUUCAGGCUGACAAAUGAAUGCACCAUAACCCAAGCCGAGUUAUGGGUGAUCUAUAAGGCCAUCUCAUACAUAAAACAACUAAAUUUGACAAUGCCAAAAAAGAUAACCAUUUUCACAGACAGCAAGGUUGCCUUAUAUAUUCUUAAAACAAUCAAAAACAGCUCGGCACUCGCAGUGGAUCUAAUUGCUCUUGCCCAUGACCUUGGACAGCAAUUUGAAAUCUUGUUCCAAUGGAUACCAAGUCACAGUGGUUAUAGGGGCAACAAACUUGCUGACAAAUUGGCGAAUAAAGCAAGGACAAACUCAAACAUUACAUACACUCGUUUCCCAGUUAAUCAUGUGUACCGCUAUAUAAGACAAGAAAUCAGGAUCCUAUGGCAAGGGGAAUGGGACAAGUCAAACACCAGAAGACAGUGCUACAAAUUUAUUCCUUCAAUCGAAAGAAGACAAAAAACAAAAGUUUCUACCCAAGCUACGAACUCACACAAUGUCUCAGUGGACACGGGGCAUUCAAUGCCUACUUAGAACGCUUCAGGAAGAAGAACUCCAACAAGUGCGAUGUCGACAUAAAUUCUGAAGACACUGUAGAACAUCUGAUCUACGAUUGCACCAAAUACAGAGACCAAAGACUAAAACUGAUGGGGACUUGUCUCAGGGAAGGUUUCAAUUGGCCUCCCGGUGAGCACAAUUUCAUCGACAACAAAAAUUUGAUGAAAGCCAUCAUCAAAUUUAUUAAGGAGAGUAAGGCUCUCGAUCCACCGAGUGGCUCUUCCAACGAUGGAGUAAAACACUGUUAACGUUGGAUAUAUGUACAUACGUUCAAAUCUAAUUGUUUUCUGAUUUUAAUAAAUGCAAGGCGGCGCUCAUGGGUUCCCAUGGAAGGGCUCUGGGCUAUCUCUUAUUUCACACUGUCCUAUCUAUCUUUAUUUCCUCUUCCUCCUAAUCAUCAACUCUCCUAAACUCUUCUUUCAUAUUCUUACAGGGCAAAGUCCUAGCUAAAAGGAUAGUCCUUCUUAACUGUAGAACAAGAACAAGAUGUUAGAUUGUGUGGGGGGCAUGAUUUGGUUCACUCUAUUUUAAGCUUACUAACUUUAGGAUGUGUGGUUUUUAAUCGGAGUUGGAUGGUUUUGCAUAGGAGUUACUAAGCUUCAAAAUGGUUGAACUAAAUUGUGCCCCCCACACAUCCUAAAAUCUGUGCAUAUAGAAAAACCCCAAAUGUUUUUGCUCUUCUCUAUGUUUUAAGGCUUUCAGAGUCCAAAAGAGUAAAAAUCUGGAAUGGGACUGAUUGGCAUCUUUCCUUUGUUAUAGGCCUAUGCUGUAUAACAGUCAGGAAAGUAAUGACAAACAUGAUUCUGAUUAUUUAAAAAAAAAAAUACAAAAUAAAAAUGAUUUUAAAAAAUUAAUUAAACAUUAAAAUUUGACACAUCCGCUUAAUAUAUAAAUUCAUAUUUAUUGAC